UUAAAACAGAAAAAUUUUACAACUCACCUGCCCAGAUACUGUUGAAAUGUUAAAGCGAAAAAAAAAUUCCCAUAUUUCAAAUUUCCCCCAACCUUCGAUCUGUCCGCCAAUUUCCCCAUUUUUUCAAACAAAAAACCUUCAUUCUUUCUUUUCACUCUGUUUGCUGCCUCUUCCUUGUUUGCUAGGUUUUUUUUUUUUUUUUUGUACGUUUCGAUUUCCUGAUUAAAACUAAGUGGCCCAAAUGAAACCCUCUCUGAAUCCCUAAUAAAUUCCACAUUCAAACACUCUUCCUGUAAUAAUUUCCUCCAACCUCGUUGCCUCCGCUCUCCCUCUGUGUUUCUUUCAAUGGCAACUUCAGCUUUCAAGUCAACGACCAGGAGAACUUCCGUCGCCAACUCACCCCAGGACUCUUCUUCCUCUAACCACACCUCCGUCCACCGCCGCGCCAGGAGUCUGAGCAGAUUCUCCCGCCGCCUUCCCGGAGCUGCCGACGACGAUGAUGAGACUACUCCCGCUCCGAGGAGCAGAGGGAGGUUCGUCAAUACCGUCAGGGGAUCGGGUUUCCCGGAGAUUAGUCUCGACGAUCUCGCCAUCGAGCUCUUUGACUCCUCCCUCAGAGGACGCUCGGCUACCCGUAAUGGUGAAGGAGGAAAAGGAGGAGGAGGAGAGAGUGUGACUCAGAGAAGAGGACGGUCGGUGUCCAGGCAAGGAUCCAGGGGUAGUUUUGUACAUAGUGGUGGUGGUGGUGGUGGUGGUGGAAGAAGGCUCUCCUCGGACACCGCCAACUCCAGGAGGAGAAGAUCGGUCUCGGUUGUUCGGUAUCAAAUUAGUGAUUCUGAGAGUGAUCUAGAUCCAUCACAGAACUCAAGCGACCGAGCUAGUAUGAGGAGUUCCAUUGGUGGAAACAAUCAGAUGUCCUCAACUCAUAAGCCAACAGCUUCAAAUAAUAGACAAGGACUGAGAAGGUCUCUCAGCCAAAAGGACUUAAAGUACCAUGAUGGUUACUCUAGCCACUCUUCUGCUUUAACCGAUGAUGAAGGUAGGGAUGCUUUUUUCAAUAAAAAUGGGAUGGAAAGGACAAUACAGGCGGUUUAUGCACAGAAAAAGGGAGAGCAUCCCAUUGGGGAUGAUGUGAAUGGUGGGUUGUAUGCCACAAUGCGAAAAGAGCUUAGACAUGCUGUGGAAGAGAUCAAGACACAACUUGAACAAGCAAUGGUGAAAACAAAGAAGUCUGGCACAGCAAGCGAUGAUAGUUUGCAACCUGACAAUUCUGAUGUUCUUCAGGCUGUCUCUACAAUUAGAAGGAAGUGCACAGCAAAAUUGGAAAAGUCAGAGAUGCGUAGACAAGAUUUAUUAGCUGAGAUUCUGUUGGAGGAGCAGCAUGGGAGAGAGCUCUCUAAAAUUGUCAAAGAAUUGCUUCCUGAACCACAGAACUCUAUUGUUGAGAAACCAUUGCAAGCCAGAAAGAGGAGCAAUGACAGAAAUAGGAUGUCCAGGCAAUUGACUGAGGAGGCCGAAAAAUAUAUUGAAGAUUUCAUUUCAAAUGUUGAAGAUACCGAUAUUUCAUCAUUUGAUGGAGAUAGGAGUGAUACUAGUUCAAGUAUAGGGGGAAUAACAAAGACACCAACUUUCCAGAGUCCAGCAGUGUUUAAAUCUGUCCCUGUCGAAAUGGAUGGUGUAAUGCUACCCUGGUUACAGUGGGAGACUUCAAAUAAUUCUUCUCCAUUACCAUGCAAGAACAAACACAAUCUUUCUCAGGAAGCACCCUCUGCGCUAGAUUUAAGCCAUCAAUUUACCAGCAGCCGCGGGAGUUGGAGUCCAGCAUUUACCGACUGCCCUUCAGUAAGUAUUGGAGAAGAUAUAGGAACAAAGUUUGGCGAACCUGGAACUUACCAAAGGCGAUCCUCUUCACAUGGAACCAAUUCAAUGCAGUUCGAUGUGGAUGAUUAUCUCAACUGCAAAAGCAACGAAGCUUUUCUAUAUGAAAUCUGGAGCCAACGACAUAGAAUUAGUUCAGGUGGUCUUCUGCUUUGUAAUCAGAUGUUCUUUUAGGUACAAUCCUUUCUACCUGUUUUCGCCAAUUCAAACUACAGUAAUUACCCUGUAUAGUUAUUCAAUAAUUUUUAAUAAUCAUCUAACAAACUUGAAGAUA